UUCAGUCACAUCCGAUUCUGUUUAGAAUGCAAAAGUCCUGAAGCGGUUGGUCAGUCAGCCCGCCUCAGUGAAAGCAGCUCCUCAAGAAUAUCUUCAACUGUAUUUGAUUGCACGCUGAUGUUUUGGGCCCAAUAAGAUGUCUUGGUAUAACCAGCUAGAUUAUGAGAUUUCUUCUACUAAUCCAUAUGGGAACCUCACAGCAGUCGAUAUGGCACCAAAUGAGAUCCUCCAUAUGGUUGACCCUCACUGGUACCAGUUUCCUCCUCUGAAUCCUCUGUGGUAUGCGUUGGUUGGGCUUUGGGUUGGUGUCACGGGAUGCCUAUCUGUUGCUGGUAACUUUGUUGUCAUGUGGGUAUUCAUGAACACAAGGUCACUUCGCACUCCCGCUGAUAUGCUUAUUAUCAAUUUAGCGAUCUCUGAUUUCCUGAUGAUGGUUACUAUGUUCCCACCUAUGAUGAUUACCUGCUACUGGCGUACGUGGACUUUUGGUGCAUUCUUCUGUGAAGUCUAUGGGUUCCUGGGGUCUCUGUUCGGCUGUGUCUCAAUUUGGUCCAUGGUUUGGAUCACACUUGAUCGAUACAAUGUCAUUGUUAAGGGUGUUUCUGGAACCCCUCUCUCCAACAGUGGAGCCGUUAUGAGGAUUGGUGGCACUUGGGUGGCUUCUAUUGCCUGGUGUCUUCCUCCAUUCUUUGGGUGGAACCGCUAUGUACCAGAGGGCAACCUGACUGCUUGUGGUACUGACUAUCUCACUGAUGAUAUUUUUUCUCACUCUUACCUAUUCAUUUACUCUUCUUGGGUUUAUCUGUUCCCUCUGUGCCUCACUAUCUAUCUGUAUACAUUCAUCAUCAAGGCUGUAGCCAACCAUGAAAAACAGAUGCGUGAACAAGCUAAGAAGAUGGGAGUUAAAUCUCUCAGGAGUGAAGAAAGCCAGACCUCUACUGAAUGCCGUCUUGCCAAGGUUGCCCUCAUGACUGUAUCCCUUUGGUUCAUGGCUUGGACACCCUAUUUCGUCAUCAACUACUCCGGAAUGCUCAAGAAAGAGUUGGUCUCUCCGUUAUACAGUAUUUGGGGUUCCGUAUUUGCUAAAGCCAACGCUGUUUACAAUCCAAUUGUAUAUGCCAUCACUCAUCCCAAAUACCGUGCAGCCUUGGAGAAGAAGCUGCCAUGCCUUGCAUGUAAGACAGAGAGUAAAGAAAUUACAAGUCAAACUGCUUCCACAACUACUACAUAUGAAAAGGCAGAGAAUUCUUUAGCUGCUCAUGCAUGAUAUCCCUUGAUGUUGAAAUAAAUUUAUUGUACUCUGUUCUGUAUAAAGGAAGUAUGAAUUUAAGGUGCAAUUUAUUUUCAUUAUUAAAAACUGAGAUUCUAUAACGCUUGCUACUGCCACUGAAAAGAAAAAAGCGUUCCCAAGUUUUAUGAUACAAAUUAUUUUCCGUUCACAAUAAUUGAAGUUUACUCGAGUUAGUAGUAAAUAUUUCCAGGCAAAGCUACUUCUAAUACAAUGCUUUUCUUUCACUGGUAACAUCAUGCCUUGUUAGCUCUUUCAUGAAAGUUUAUUUUUUUUAUUCAAACAUGGUCACCCAUAAAUAUAACUAUUUAGUUACUGUAAAAAGCAUGCAUUCCUUCAAAAGAAUGGAUUUUCCUAUUUUCCUAAUUUGGAUCAUCAUCAUGUGAUGGCCCCUAUAGGAUGAUAGUCUUGUCAGAACACCUCACGUGGUACACUAUGCGCAUUACUAAAUAAAGGAUGAUUGCAGCAUU